UCGCAGCGUGAACAACCUCCUCCUCUUCCGAAUUUACAAAUUAAAAGAAGAAAAAGUGACUUAGUUCAAGCUUUUAAAGAGAAGGGGAAAAAAGAAGAACAAAAUUUGGCCACCGUCCACAGCACGAGGAAGUGAAGCCAAGAGACGACGCGAUCGCGUGUUAUCAGUGACUUGAGUUGCGACCUUUUGAAAUAAUUAGUGCAAACUGCGGUUUGGGAACUAAUCUAGCGCACGCAGAGUACGAAAAUAGAUCGCGUUUGCACGUUAAAUGUGAAUUGUACAACUAAAAGAUGCACAUUUCAAACGGAACGGGACUGCUGUUCCCCACGUUGAUGUACCUGGCCAGUUACAAGGAAAAUGACAGCCUGGUCACGUUGAAUCCGGCCGCCGCGAACGAGGAGUACCGCGCCGACCCGAACAACGUGGUCUGUUACGGCGUUUACGGCUGCUUCCCGAUCACGCCGCCCUGGACGGACGAGCGGCGACCGAUCGCGCUGUACCCGGAGAAGCCGUCCAAGAUCAACGUGCGGUUUCCGGUGUUCAACCGGAAGACGCGCGUCCACCCCAAGUUUAUCGACCUGGACGAUCCGGACUACCUGGGGGAGGUGGGCAUCAACCCGGCGGGUCGGAUCUACGUGAUCACGCACGGCUUCCUGCAGUCGGGCAAGGCCAAGUGGAUCGAGCGGAUGAUCAACGAGCUGCUGGAUCGCGACGAGGAGGGAACGGCGAGUUGCAUCGUGAUCGACUGGGGUGGCGGCUCCAGUCCGCCGUACAACCAGGCUAGCGCGAACAUCCGGCUGGUGGGGGCGAUCGCGGCCAAUGCGUUGCAUAUGAUCUAUGAAGAACUCGGUCUCAAGAACCUCGAUCGCGUGCACAUGAUCGGUCACUCGUUGGGCGCCCACUUGUCCGGCUACACCGGCUACUACCUGCAGAAGGACUUUGGCCUGAAGCUGGGUCGCAUCACCGGGAUGGACCCCGCGGAGUUGGCCUUCACGGAGACCAACCCGAUCGUGCGGCUGGACACGACCGACGCCAAGUACGUGGAUGUGGUCCACAGCGAUGCGACGCCGUUCGUCCCGAAGAUCGGACUCGGGCUGUACGAGCCGAUCGGACACUUGGACUUUUACCCGAACGGUGGGUUCAACCAGCCCGGCUGCGAUCAAAGCUUCUGGAAGCGCAAGGACGGAUCGUUCGUGUCGAGCAUGUACCAGUUCUUCAGCUGUAGCCACGUACGAUCGGUGGACUUCUUCAUCGAGAGCAUCCAGAGCAAGUGCCCGUUCACGGCGAUCGCCUGCGAGAGUUACGAGAAGUUCAUGGCCGGGGAGUGCUUCGACUGCGAUCGCGACGGUCAUCUGUGCUUCAACUUUGGUCACCGAAGUCACGACAGCUUCCGGGCGUUGAGUCAGGCCAAGCAGAUCAUCGGAAGUCCGGCGAUCCAGGCGUUCUUCAUAACCGGACCAGCGGAACCCUUCUGCCGUACGCACUACAAGGUCACGAUCAAGGUGUCCGACACGGACGAGAGCAUGAUGCACGGCGGUGAGAUCGGCCGGUUCCACCUGGCCGUCCACGGAAGCAAGGGCGUCCUGUCGGAGCAGAUGGCCUUCACUGACGAGGCCGAACUGUACGAACCGGGCCAGAACUACACCCGCGUCCUAGCCGGAACCAGCGUCGGCAAACCGCGCAAACUCUCCGUCAGCUGGGAGUACAACACCAGCUUCCUGAACCCACUGACCUGGCGAAUCCUGACCUCCCCGCGGGUCUACAUCGAGUACAUCGUGCUCCAAUCGCUCGAGUACCGAACCAAGAUCCGGCUCUGCCCCAGCUACAACAUCCCCGUCACGAACAACGUGGACAGUAUUUUCACCCAGGACAACUGCCGGUACUACCCGCAACCCCUGGACACCGUGCUCAAUUGAGGAUCCUCAGUCCGCGCUUAGGCCGUAUCAAUGCAACCCCAUCAGUACUCACUUAACCUAAUCCGUUCGAGAACGCAAAAGCUUCGAGAACUCUAGCUUGUAAGAAAUAAAUGUAAUGUAACGUGUA